ACAAGUAUAGAGACACAGUGUCAGAGAGCAGAGUGCCACGCAGAGCAUCGCUGUGUGAGCGUGUCCCGGGUAGAAUUAUCGUUAUUAUAAGAUGAUCCUGCUGCUCGCUCUGCUUUCUGUUCUCUCUGGAGAACUGGGUCUGUGCCAGAAGGAGGAUGAAGGCUUCACCUUUGAUGGAGACAUCCUCCAAUUUGCCGUGACCCCCAACAUGCUUUACAUCGCCACAGAGGAGAGGCUGUACCAGCUGAGCCACGACUUGACUUUGAUCAACAGUCUGACCCAGAGAGGAAUCUUAAAGACCGGAAACCAGCAGGAUGAUGUGCAGUUUUACCGGGUUUCUGACACAGCUGAGUGGAACGCAACUUUCAGCAUCAACGUGUUGUUGCCUUUCACAAGCAAUGACUCGCUGAUCAGCUGCGGUGUGACUGACGAUGACUGCAGUUACUGCGAGGUUCUGGACCUGAAGAACAUCUCCAAGCUUCUGCACAGAGAACACAUCCAGGUGGGACCUCUGAAAAGCAGCAGCAGGUCAGUCAGCUUUCUGGUGGAUGUGAAGAAGAAAACUCAGACUGACACUUACAUUCUGACCGCGAUCCAACAAAACACAGAAAAGCCCGAAAACAACAAGUGUGGUAUCAAUCGGCAGACUGUCAAUCUUCAGGAUACAGAUGACAAACAGGGUGGAGGUAUAUUUUCUCUAACUGAUGGAGCUUCAGGCACACCUGGGAUCAAAAGUAAAGGUGAUGUGGAGUUUGUUGACGGGUUUCAAAUCAAUUCAACCAUCUAUCUGUUCUCCAACGCGCUCUCAGCUCAAACAAACAGAGUCCGUCUCAUUUGGCUCGAAGGCGAAAAGAGCAAAACUGAUACACUCAAGUCUCUGCGGGGCGCAACUCUCAGUGUCUCUGACAGUCAAAGCAGCAGACUUGUGGCCUCCUCGGUCAUCCCGGGGGAGCAGCCGGUGCUUUGGAGCGGCGUGUUCAGUGUGGAUGGAGGAGACACCAACACCCAGCUAAUGGUGUUUGACAUCAGCCCUGAUUACAGCAGGAACACUGACAGAGAUCCAGACUUCUACACCUCUGUGCCAUCAGAAGUGACGCCAAAGAUCCUGAAACCAAAGGCAGUCCUCUUCAGGCAAAGCUACAUGACCUCAGUGCUGGCAGUGAGGCAGAAUGCCUGGAUGGUUUUCUAUAUUUGGACAGAAGAUGGGCUGCUCAUUAAGCUGUCUGUGGACAGGAAGUAUCACGCUGCCUGUCCCACGGUGCUCUACAGGACCAGUGGUGACCACAAAGUGUUUUUCAAAUUGCAUCUGGAUCCAGUGGAUCGUAAACAUGUGUAUGUGCCAUUUACAAACCAGAUAAGGCGAGUUCCUGUGUCAAAGUGCAGCACGUACACAAAUGUGCAGGAGUGUUGGUCUGCACAGGAUCCAUACUGUGGUUGGUGUGGCUCUAAAAGCAGCUGCACAUUUGAAGAUGACUGCACAGAUUCAGACUGGCUGUCCAUUCCUGAUGAGUCCCAGCACAAAAUGAUUUCCCACAAAGUUGAAAAGGACACAAACGGACAGAUCUCACUGAAAAUCCACACACACCUGACUUUGGGCCAGAAAGUGUCGUCUGACUUCACCUGCCAGUUCUCUGCAAUUUCUGGCCACCUUUGUAUUGGGAAUAACCCUCCACGGUUCCCCAAGUGCACCUGCUACCUGUCUGAUCACACACUUCCUCCUGAUGGCCUGCAUGUCACAGUAAAGUUUAGGCUUGGAAAAACAAAUGAAAUGUCAGAACAAAUGAAAUUAACCAACUGCUCUGACAUCCAUGGACCUCCAACUUCUAUCUUGUGUCAGCAGUGUAUCAAGGCUGGUUGUGGUUGGAGCAGAAACAGCUGUUCCUGGGCUAACCAAGGAGAGACUGAUGAAAGUGUUUGCCAAACGUUGGAGUCUGGGAAGAACUUUUCUAUCCCAGAGAUCUUCUCCAUCACUCCCAAUGUGGUGUCGUUGUAUGGCACAAACCAUGCUGUGUUAUUAGGUCAUAACCUUGGUGACGUGUCAGGAGUGAGGAUCCAGACGCACACUGACUGUGCUCCAAAAGAGUCUCCUGUUUGGGACAACUCUGGUGUCAGUGUGACGUUCCACAUUCCCAGCACAGAUAUCAAAGGUGUGGUCAAUGUAUGUGUUCUCCUCCCAGAUGGUAGUUGCCACGGCGAAGCUAACAUCACAUACUUGUCAUCACCAUCCUGUACAAGCGCUACUCCAAGCAGCAGCUGGAUAAGUGGGAACAGGAAGAUCACAGUCAGAGGGUCCCACCUGAAGUUUGUUGAAGGCAUUGUACACAGCCAUGCCAUGCAGGAAGUUGCACUUCCCAAAAACAGCAGCUACCAGAGUCUCACCUAUGACUCACCUUCAGCUGAAAACAGUCCUGGGAUUUCUAGCAGCACUGUGUUUUUGAAAGUAGCUAAUCAAACCUUGGCCUUGCUGGUGUUUAUGUAUCUGUGGAGGAAGAGACGUGCCACAGAAAUAACGUUUAAAGUUUCCUUCCUGUCUCUGCUGGCUGGCUGA